CGCAAAGUCCAAUAAAUAUUCGGGAAAAUAAGAAUGUUUUUAGGUUUAUAGAGUUGAUUCUGUCGGGUGCACAGGCCCAAAAUGAGAAGCGAUAAAUAUGUACUAAAAUACGGAGAAGCGAUAUACAUUUUAAAAUAUUAAACUUGUCUCAUUUCCAUAAAUUCUAUUUUGCAAACUUCAGUUUUAGCGAUGAUGCCUGGCUAGUUAGCGCGAUGGCUAUGCUAAGCUAGCUACGUAGCUAUUGUUGGGGAAGCUUGGCUGACUACGAGCGUUAACGUCACUCGAAAACGAUCAAAGUUCAUAUUCUCGAAUGCUAUUGCAUUUUUUGUUGUUGACCUGGUGGUAUUCUGCGUACUGAAAGCGACACUAUGUAGCUAAGUAAUUAUGUGAUUAGUUAACUGAGGCAGUGGGUUAGCAAAUAGCUAUCUAUCAUUCAAAGUGUCCACAUUGUGAGAGAACAAUCCAUUUGAUUGUCGCUCACUUGAAAUGUCUGAUUUGACUUGUUUCAAUGCUGGCCUGAUCAUCAGAGGUCUCCUUGUUUACAACCACCAAAAAAAACUACUGUCACUGAUAUAAAUGUUUACGUCGGCGUUAGCCAACGAGGAGCCAGUACCCUCCGUUGGGAGUACGAGCCCAGGAGGUUCAGCAGAGGACCAUGAGUUUGAUCUUUCAGCAGAUAUGCUCGUCCACGACUUUGACGACGAACGCACACUGGAAGAGGAGGAGAGGCUCGAGGGAGAGACCAACUUUAGCAAUGAGAUCGACGACCUUGCCCGGGAGGGAGAGAUGCCCAUUCAUGAGUUGUUGAGUAUGUACGGAUGUGGCGGCGGUUCACCUGCAGAUGGAGAGGAUGAAGAAGAGGAGGAGGAAGACUUUGAGGAUGAAGAGGAGUUGGAGGAUGAGGAAGAGGAGGAAGAGGAGGAUGUGGACAAUGAUGAAAGCAGUAGAAACACUGGCGAGCUGAAGAGGAAUAAGACCGAGAGGGUGAAGAUCUCGUCAGGAAUGGGGAACGAGAACCAGUUGUCCAGCGAGGGUCGCACGCGCUCCGUCAAAUCCCACGGCAAGGCAGAGCUGAUACGCGGAUCACAGACCCUCAAGUACUUCGAAAAUAAGGAUGCAGAGGAAGAGUCAGAAGAAGAUGAAAAUUAUGUCCCUUCUGAGGAUUGGAAAAAGGAAAUCAUGGUUGGGUCCAUGUAUCAGGCUGAAACACCGCCUGGCCUUUGUAAAUAUAAAGACUAUGAGAAAGUAUAUGAAAACGAUGACCAGCUUUUAUGGGACCCCGAGUUCCUUCCCGAGGGCAAGGUUGUGGAGUUUUUAUCUCAGGCGUCAAAACGAACAGGAGAGGAGAAAGGAGUGGAUGCCAUCCCUGAGGGAUCCCAUAUCAAAGACAAUGAGCAGGCACUUUAUGAGUUGGUCAGGUGUGAAUUUGACACAGAGGAAGCUUUAAGAAGACUGAAGUUUAAUGUGAAGGCAGCUAGAGAAGAGCUGUCUGUGUGGACAGAAGACGAAUGUAGAUAUUUUGAGCAAGGACUAAAAGGUUAUGGGAAAGACUUUCAUUCAAUACAAGCCAACAAGGUGAGAACUAGGUCAGUAGGAGAAUGUGUGGCCUUUUAUUACAUGUGGAAGAAGUCUGAGCGUUAUGAUUUCUUUGCACAGCAAACCAGGCUGGGGAAAAGGAAAUACAGCCUGCACCCUGGGGUCACGGACUACAUGGACCGGCUGCUGGACGAGACGGAGAGCGCCACAUCCAGCCGGGCGGCCUCGCCCCCUCCCACCACCUCCAACAGCAGCACCAGCCACUCUGAGAGGGAGGACGGAAGUAGCAGCCACAAUGGUUUAGUGAGUCACAACUUGGGCUCGGGAGAAGCUUCCCAGUCAUCCACGGUGGCGAACGAAGUCAAAGCAGAAUCAGUCCAGUUCAACGGGCUCACCUCCCCCCACCCCUCUCUGGAUGCUCUCCCUCCUCCCACCACCUCGGACAAUGAGUCCAGUGGCUGCGAGGCAGUGGCCGCCACUCCCAGCCACGACAGGAACGGCUCCCUGGAGCCCCAUUGUGGCAACCGUCACUAUGAUGACAGGCCGGCCAAGAGGUGCCGGACAGAGGCGGAGCCACCAGAACCCUCCAGAACAUUGACGACCCUCCAGCAAGAGGACAAAUGAUAAUGAUGACCCCUUCUCAGAGAGGUCAAAGCGCACAGAACCAAACCUAAAAAAAAUAACAUGGUUGUAUUCAUUAGUGCACACCGCAGCAAAACGUUUUGCAACAGAAAAAUAAAACUAGAUUUUCUUAUUGGACAAGUUCAGGUAGUCCAUCCCUGUUGGUCUGUUUUUUUUUCUCGUUUCGGGCCUAGUGAAUACGACCUAUACCAACCAACCAAACACGGCUGGGCCACACCAGCAAACGGAGGGAAGGCAGCGGCCUGAUUGUAAAGGGGCACAACAUACAGCCCUGCCUCAUCCCCCAUCCAGCAAAACCUCGUCCCCCAUCCAGCAUAACCUCCAACGCUCCACACAUCCAAAGUACCACAGUUCCUGAACCCCUCCCUUCCCCCUAUCUGCUACCACCUCAUUAUAAUUCACGCUGAUUCUUCUACUCAAUCUCCUUAUUCACUUUUUUGGAGACCGAUCUCGAAGAUUUCUACGGAAAGAAAAUGUUUUUUCCCCUAUUUGUAUUAGAAUUUUAAAAAUCUCCUGUGGUAUUUUUUUACUUGAAAAAUAUGUAUAUAUUUUUUCAAUAAAUGUACUAUGAUUGAUGGGUAUUUUGCUUUCCAAGCCAUUUGAAACAAAGAAAUGAAAGGGGCGAUGUUGCGGGUCUAGGUCUUCGACGGGACGAUCGAUAUGCAGGCAGAUUGGCGCUGUUGCAGGCACACUAAAGCCUCGUUUUUACCUGGCGCUAACAUACAUUCUUUAUUCUGAUCUUGUCCACAUUCAGAUUGUGGCCAGAUUUUCAGAUAUGCAUCUACACAUAGUAUUAAAAUGGGAUAAUGAUUUAAACGUUUUCACUGUCCAGAUCUGUCUACACUUUAAGAUAUCCAAACACAAUGGGUGCCUGACUCUCUCCGGAGGUGGUCAGGAAGAUCUGAUCACAAUCUGUCUUUUAAUCAUCUACAGCUGUCCAAAAAAUGUUGGCACAAUCAGAAUGUGGACAAGAUCACAGCAUACCACCCUGCAUCCCACUGCUGGCUUACCUCUGAAGCUAAGCAGUGUUGGUCCUGGUUGGGAGACCAGAUGCUGCUGGAAGUGGUGUUGGAGGGCACUCUUUCCUCUGGUCUAAAAUAUACCAACGCCCCAGGACAGUGAUUGGGGACAUUGCCCUGUGAAGGGUGCAGUCUUUCGGAUGGGACGUUAAACGGGUGUCCUGUCUGUGGUCAAUAAAGAUCCCAUGCCAAUUAUCGUAAAAGUAGGGGUGUUAACCCUGGUGUCCUGGCUAAAUUCCCAAUUAGACCCACAUACCAUCAUGGCCACCUAAUCACCCCCAGCUUCCAAUAGGCUCAUUUGUCCCCCCUCUCCCCUGUAACUAUUCCCCAGGUCGUUGCUGUAAAUGAGAAUGUGUUCAGUCAACUUACCUGGUAAAAUAAGGGUUAAAAUAAAAUUCCGGACUGAUUGUGAUCUGAGAACCAGGUAUAAACGGGGCUUAUGUUGCGCUUUCACCCUUUGUUUUCUUUCUUUGGUGAUCGAGUGGAGAGAAAGCAACACUGCUGCAUGACAUCAUUGCUUAUUUGAAACCUGUGGUGUGUUCAGUUCGAUUGAAGUUUGCUAUGUUGCGUAACGGUUUGUACUGAACGACACGUUUCCCCAAAAACAUUCCAAUGUUCUUUGAAUGGACUUUGAGGUACGUUUGCUCCGUUUGGUGGGUGUGGCUUGAAGCAAUGGGGGACAUAUUUAACGAGCAGCGGACAUGCUGAUCCCCAACCUCUUGUUUUUUUUUUGUUGAGCUGGCCGUUCAGAACAGCACCGUUUCUGUUUAAUUGAAUGUUGCACUGUUGUUUUUUUUGUACUGAACGUAGCCCUGACCAUGGAAACAUUUUAAUUGCAAGAAAUGAACUAAUGGGGAGUGUCUGUCCCUGAGGUUUGUGUAAAGUGUCUGACAUCAGUGAUGUCUUGUAUUAUAACUCAUUGGUUAGAACUCUGUAUUUUUAAUAGCCAGCGUUUUCCUAUUGUUUCGUUUCUCUUCUUUUUGCUAGACAGUACUUCUGUGACUUUGUGUAAAGUUUGUAAAGAUUUUCUUGUUCACUUCUUACACUUUUUUGAUAAGUCUCUUUAAUCUGUGUAUUUUACCAUCUUUCUUGUGAGCUUUUGUUAAAGGAUUUAUUUCCUCUAGGUGUUCCCGAUUGGAGCUGUUCUGAAAGUAGUCUUAUUUCUCUGCAUUUCCCUGACCCAUUUGGAAAUGUAUUUGCAGCAAAAAUAUGUUUGAUCACUUGAUAAUGAUUCCAUCUAAAAAGAGAGACGCGGUGUAGUGACACUUUGGUCUUUUAGGUUGAAAACGCUUUUUUAUCGAAAUUGGAGACAAUAUGGUACCAGUAACGUUUCUUGUCACCGGCGAGCUCUCAUUAUUAGGAAUGAAAGAACUGUGAAGAACCUUCAUAAGCUCUCAUUAUUAGGAAUGAAAGAACUGUGAAGAACCUUCAUAAGCUCUCAUUAUUAGGAAUGAAAGAACUGUGAAGAACCUUCAUUAGUUCCAGUGGAGGCUUAGGAACAACGCAUCGGUUUGACAAUUGUGUUACUGUAGCUUUUUCUCUUUUUUUAAUGUCUCAACAUUUUACUUUUGUAAGCUACUCCUGCUUUGGUCUACAUUCACAAAUGGUUUGUAAAACAAAACAAAAAAGCAGUUUUUUUUUUUUUUUUUCUUUAAAAGCACAGCCUCAAAUAAUGUUGAUUUCAAGUAGUUUAUUUGUAUUAUUUUAUUAUGUGCUGUAAGUAGUCAUCUGAAAAUGACAACAUUUAAUAAAAGUGAAGCGUA